AUGCCUGUGCUCCUGCGUUCCCUGGAGCCGGAGUCCGAAGACCGGGUGGGCGCCCCAGAAUGGCGACAAAAUAUUCGGAAUAAAGUGAAUGCUGCCCAGCAGCUGGCUGAGCGAUGCAGCACCAAGGCAGUGUCCUUAUGGCAGCCUCGCGAAAGCGCCUCAUUCCCCAACAUUUCCAACAAACAGUGUCGGAAAACUUACAUGGCCCCCUGGCGUUUCCGUGUGGAGAUGCUCAAGGGUGGCGGCACAGUGGAGCAGCCUCCCCCAGCGGAUGGGGUCACCCUCUGGAAGGAGAAGCUUAAGCCCCCUGCGUGGAAGGCAAACGUCCCCCUGCCACUGAACAGGGAUGCCAGGACCAUACAGACUAAUGAAUAUAUCCAGAACUACGUGCGAGGUGUCAGGCUUUUGGCCGCUCGCCUGCGCCAGGCGGAGCAGGAGGUCAAUGCGCUGCUCCAGACAGUCCUUCGGCAGAGAGAGAUCAUAGACCAAAGGCUCAGUGAUAUCCGAAAGUCUUUGCUCAUCAAUGAGCAGAGCAGGAAAAUGCGGCGCUACCGGCCAUCCUCAGAGCAGAUCCCAGACAAAGUUGACUCUCUGGUUUUGUGGGAGAAAGAGGAGCUGCGGACCUUGAAAAGGAGAAUGGAAAAGGACAUGGAGGCCUCAGAGACCUUUCUCAGGGCCCUGUCCAAAUGCCGUGAUGAUCUGACAUCUUGCUGUGAAGAGCGGCUCCAGGCGGUGGAUCUCAUGAACCACUGCUUCGAUUCAGUGCUGGUGGAGGCUGGGCGCCAGUCCUGGAUCGAUAUCAGCCGACUACAUACUCCGAAGGUGCAGGGUACAGCCAGCCCACCAGUCGACCCUGUGGGGGUCAACCCCCCAGAAUGUGAAUUGGCCCUGAAUGAUGCCAAACGACUAAUUAGUGAUGGAAAAACGAUGCUGGCAAACUUCGUAAAGAGCCAGAAUCAUGCCCACAUCUGGCAAAUGCACAUCAACAAGACUGUGGGAAAUACUCUGAACCGAAAGAUGCAAGAAACCACACAACUCAACGAUAGGCUGAAAAUAAUGUCUGGGCUCCUUCGAGGGACCAUCCAUCGAUGCAACAAGUUCAAGCACGAAAUGGCUAUCACCCAGGGACUCAAUAAGGGUCCUUUGUGCCACACUCACCUUUCAGCCAGAGAGAAACUGGAUAGACCCAUGGUCCGUGUAUUCCAGAGACAUGUUGGCACCCAGCUUCCAGAAGCCAGUCGCCUAUCUAUGAUUGAUGAGAGGAAUGAAGACAAGUGUGGGGAAGGCAUAGAUGAUGGCGACAAUAAAAUUUAUGAAUUUAUAAAUAUAAAUAUCCCAGAAUCUCCUGAUGUGAAGGAGAGGGAAGAUGUUAGGAGUGAGGCUGAUUGGGAGGAUGACAAGGAUGGGGAUGGUAGAAAGGUAGACGAUGGGAAAGGAAGAGAAGAUAAGGACGGAAGAGGCUGA